UAAACGGGCAGGGAACCAGACUUUACCGGAAGUUGUUAAGAGAUUGUCGUGGACCAAUGAAAUCACGACAACACAUUUGCACCGUCCACGUUCAGGAACCGGCAUAUCUGUCAACACAAUUGAGAGAAAAGAUCGCGUCGUAAAGAUGAUACUUACCUUUGCAGUUUUUGCGCUUUUGUCUUUGGCAAGCGCUAGUGAUGUUUUAGAUUUCGAUGACAGUAAUUUUAACAACAAAAUUGGAGAUCAUGAUGUUGCCCUCGUUGAGUUUUUCGCUCCGUGGUGUGGACACUGUAAAAGGCUAGCUCCUGAGUAUGAGAAGGCAGCAACCACCUUGAAAAAAAGUGAUCCACCUGUGGCACUUGUGAAGGUUGACUGUACAGCCAAUACAGAAGUAUGUGGAAAAUAUGGAGUCAGUGGUUACCCUACCCUGAAAAUAUUUAAAGGUGGAGAAAUGACCGAAGACUACAAUGGCCCUAGAGAAGCAGACGGUAUUGUGAAGACAAUGAAAUCAAAGGCAGGACCUGCAUCCAAGGAACUUGGAAAUAACAAAGACUGUGAUAAAUUUUUGGACAGUGAUGACUAUGGUGUUGUAGGUUUCUUCAGCAGUGCUGACAGUGAACUUGCCAAAACAUUCUCGAAAGUUGCAUCUGCUUUGAGUAGUGAAAUGAGAUUCGCUCACACCUCAAAUGCUGAUGUACUGAAGAAACAGGGAUACAAAGAUGAUAUUGUCAUGUUCCAACCAAAGAGAUUACAGAGCAAAUUUGAAGAGAAGGUCCGAAAGUACACUGACGAUGCAACAGUAUUUAAAAUUAAACAGUGGAUUGGUGAACAGAGCAUUGGUUUGUGUGCACACAGAACACCAGAUAAUGCUGAUAAAAUAAAGAAACCAUUUAUUGUGGCUUAUUACGAUGUAGAUUACGUGAAAAACGUGAAGGGAACAAACUAUUGGAGAAACAGAGUAAUGAAAGUAGCUAAGAAAUUUCAGGAUGCUGGAAAAAACAUUAAUUUUGCUAUAAGCAGCAAGGAUGCCUUCUCACAUGAAAUUAGCGAGUACGGUAUUACAGCCAGUGACGAAAAACCAGUUGUUGCAGCACGCGGUAGCAAAGAUGAGAAAUUUGUAAUGACAGAUGAGUUUAGCAUGGACAAUUUAGAAAAGUUUGCAAAUGAUUUAUUAGAUGGAAAAUUAGAGGCAUACCUCAAAUCUGAACCAGUUCCAUCUCAAGAUGAAGCUGUUAAAGUACUUGUAGGAAAGAAUUUCCAGGAUAUAGUUACAGAUGAUAAAGAUGUUUUGAUGGAAUUUUAUGCGCCAUGGUGCGGACACUGUAAGAGUUUGGAACCAAAAUACAAGGAGCUUGCUGAGAAGCUUCAAGAUGAGACUGAUUUGGUCAUUGCUAAGAUGGAUGCUACAGCCAAUGAUGUUCCAUCACCAUAUGAAGUACAGGGAUUCCCAACACUUUACUUUAAACCCAAGGGUGGUCAGCCAAAGAAAUACCAGGGUGGAAGAGAAGUAUCUGACUUUGUGAAAUAUUUGGCGAAGGAAUGUAAAGAAGAAUUACAGGGUUAUACCAGAGAUGGAAAGAAAAAGAAGAAGGGAAAGAAAACAGAGUUGUAAACAAAUUAAAUAAGAAUAAGUGUUAGACCAUAUUUAAAUUAGAAAAAAUAAAAAAAAGACUUACUAACAGCGUGAAUUCCGAUGUAAGAAAUAGAGAGAAAUAAAGUAUAUAUCAGGGCAGCUUAUCUAAAAUUGAAGACUACUUAAAAUAUUUUUGGUUUUUUUUGGCAGGUUUAAAAUUAAUUGCAAAAAAAUUUCCCAUCAGUGCUUCAAACGUGAGGAAAUAUUUUACAAGAAUUAGAUUAAUAUUCUAGAUUUUGAAGGGAUCCUUACAAAAAAUAGUAGAGGAUUACCCAAAGCUACCUUGUUAUAUGCUUAAUAAUAAAGAACCGGAAGGAUAUUUGGGGUGUUUUCCAGCUGGUUUUCGGUUCUUGUUGUUCUUGUGAUAAUCAUCAAAUCUAAUCAUAUUAUAUAUCACAUAAUGUCUUGUUUUAGAGUAGCUUAAUGUCCGGUUCUAAGUACUUGUUCCCGAAAUUCAUCUGACUGUACUUAAGUGUGAAAUUUGAAUUUUUUACUCCACAUUGUGUUAACGCGUUAUUACUGAUGAAUGCGUUUUCAUGGAAAAUUUAUUAUAGCAUUUUGGAAACAAUUUUACUUUUUGUUAGAAAAUAUUUAAACUAAGGGGAAUUAAUUUUCAUGAUGUACAAAAUUGUUGACAAUUAUUUAAAGUGAAUAUUGAAAGUGUGAAAUGAAAUAUUGAAGAUUUUAUUUUAUUUAUGAACCAUGUUAAGAUGUAUCAUAUAGUAUAGCCAGGUGCUGGAAUAUAUUGCUCAUGUAUUAUUGAAGGGGAAUGCUGGUUAUUUUUUACCAACAACUUGAAAAAUAAUCUAUUUGUAUUUUUUCCUUCUGUUAAAACUUGGUUUACAAAAUUACAUAUUUAGGUUUAUAAAUUUUAUUGACUGCUUAGUUUAUGAACGUUAUUAAAUAUUUAGUUUAACAACAGUAAUAAAAGUGAAAAUGUGGUUUUUUUUUGUGUUAACUUGUUGGGAAGGAAAUCAUUAAUUUAUUAGUUCUACGUUUUGGUUCUAUUGAACUUGUGGUGUAAAAUGCUGUGACAUCAUGGUUGUUUUUGAGAUGAUGUUGCUUAUUUGAUUACACUUGUUCAGGCCUUAAAAUGCUAAUAAAUUUUAAUUUAUUGAUUUGGAUGAUGUAAAAAAAUUAUUUUUUUUUCAUUUCUCAUAUAUAAAUAUAAUAGGCUGCCAGAUUGUUAAUGACUUGUAAAUGCGUUUUGGUUUUAAGCCUGUAUGUUUGUUAUCAUAAUGUUGAAAUAAAAGGAUUCAAUUCUUGCCGUUUACAAAAAAAAAAGUGCUCCAAUUUAAACAAUACACAAGUAGCAGUGCUAAAAAACUUUUGGUUAUCGAAUAUUGUGAUUUUAUCUUCCCGAUGGUGUAACAGUUUCUAUGUGUAUAUAUGAGUAUGGUAUAUAGGCCUACAAGUAUUUGAUCGAAAGAAAGCAUUGUAAUUCAGUGUGAUAUAGUCAUUUUUGUAUGAAUGAGAAAAUGUCCGUUAGAAAUUUGUGCGAUUUAAAUUCUCGUGGGCUCAGUUUACUUUGUCAGUUUCAGUUAUCAUAGUCAUCUAAACAGUGUUAUAACUGUUUGUGAAAAAAAAAGUUGAGACUUUGAGAAAAUAAGGUGAUAAUAUACAGCAAAAUGUCACCGAGACCUAGUUAUGUCAUUGUUGCAUGCAUCCAUCAAGUUUUUUCUUGUAUCAUUAAAGAGACAAUCGAGUGCAUCUGCCAAAAACAGGUUCCAUAGUAAUCUUCCAUAAAAGUAAUUUUUAGUUACUACCAUGUUAAAAAAAAUAAAAACAAAAAAACAUGAUAUAAAAUUUCAUAACAUAUUCAAUCAUAACAGUUCACUUCCAAAUAUAUCUAGGCCAGCGGGCACAUCCGUGCAGGCUGACCAGGCUUUGUACUGUUGAUAGGCUCAAUUUUUGUGUUUUGAUAUUGAAAUCCCUACAACUUGCAAUGGAAUGUUCCAAGUUUUAAAGCUUGGCGGAUCCAUUUUGCAAAUACAGCAGAUUCAGGGUCAAUUGAUUUGACAUGAGCUGUGUCACAACAAAACCAACAUAGUGCGUUUGCGAUCAGCAUGGAUCCAAACCAGACUAUUUGUAAUAGGGUUGGUAAGCGAACAGCAUGGAUACUGAUCAGACUGCGCGUAUGCGCAGGCUGGUCUGGAUCCAUGCUGGUCGCAAACCCAUUAUGUUGGUUUUGUCAUGACACGGCUCAUAUAUUUUUUGUCAUUAGAAAAAAGUCAUAUCAUUUAAUAUUGUAUAUGUUAACAGUUUAUUUUUUAAGGAGACUUAUUUCAAGUAUUAUGUGCCUAAUCUUACAUUGAUUGAAAAAAUAAAAUUCUCAUGUUGAAGAUUAUGGUGGACCAUUUUCUUGCAUUUAUGUAUUGUAUUGUUUUAAUGAUGGGGUAAACAAUGGGGGAAUUUAAGAUGUUAUGAAUGUGUAAAAGUAUACAUGUUGUACAUGUUGAUGAUAGAGAAAACUACAUGUAUUAUGACAGAAUAAAAUAAUAUUAAAUUAUA